GCCUGCCGCGGGGUAAUCCCUGUGCCAGCGCUCCGAUCUUGUGCGAUAACCCUGGCGUCUGCUCCCGAGCCGUGAGCCCGACGGUUCCGAGCCUUUGCGCCGCCUCGAGCCGGCACUCCCAUCAUUAGCAAGGCGUCCUCCCCGCCGCCCACUGUCAACGCACACCCACAAUGUGACGCAGACUUGGGCUCGCCCCGACUCCCCUGACCCGACGAGGUUACCAUUCUUACAUGAGCUUGGAGCUUGUCGCCCCGCCCUGAAGCUUACUCGCUCUCGCUCGCGCGCGAGCUCCGGGCCUCGCGCGACCGCCAUGCGCGCCACAGGAGGCAUGCCGGAACCGCCCAUGCGUCACCAAGCCAAGCCACGCCUCGACGCCUCAUCUCAACAUGAUCACUGCUCGCGCGGGUGCUGCACUCAUGCCGUUAUGCCAACUCUGGCCAGCGGCGAGAGCGAGAGCAAGAGCAAGAGCUAAAGCGACGUCCUCAAAGGCAGCGAGCUAGAUGUGAUCUCUCCCCCGUCCCCCUCCUUCCUCUCCAUUCUCCUCCUCAGUUCCCCCGCACGAUGUCUGUCCGAUCAGUGGUCCACCUCGCGCAGCUCUCGGUACAGAUGACCGCCAACCCCAACCCGAAGACGCGCAAGAGCGCCGUUCGACCGCUCGGCGUGAUGGACCGGUACAUGCUCGUGCGGCACAACACUGGCCGACCACAAGGCCUGAUCCACGUCGUGACUUACCCCGAGGACUCUUUACCUUCGCGCGACUUCCUCGAGGAGCGGGUAACGGAGCUGCAGGAGCGGCUCCCGAUGCUCUACGCGCGCGUCGUGAACGGCCGCACCAACCGCCCAGGCUUUGCACUCAGAGACGAGCCGUGGCCUGCCAACGCCGUGGUCACUGAGGGCUUUUACUCUUCUGUUCCUGGCUCAGAACUGGACGAGGCGACGGCCGUCCUCCGCGACCAGCUGGCGCGCUUCGAGGCCCGCGACUUUAACAAUGAGCCAAUGUGGUCCGUGUCCCGCAUCGCCGGCGGGCCGAUGGACGACCGCGCAUACCUCGUCGUCUGUGUAGCCUACCUCAUGUGCGACACGCGCGCAGCCGAGCGCCUCACAAAGGCACUCACCGCUCCCAACAUCGACCACAUUGCCCACGAGGCAUGGAACGCGGCGACGCGCUUCGACGACACGUUCUCCCUCCGGCCAUCGGCGCGCUUCCUCGCGCCAAUCUUCUACCGCGAGAUCGUCCUCCCCCGCCUCCCAAAGGCCAUCCAGGCAAAGCUGCGCAAGGAGGACCCGUGGCCGGGAACCAAGGUGGACCGGUCGCCGCUCGUCUGCGGGAUGGGCAUGCUCGCGGCGUCGGUGCCCUCGGCCACUGUCGCGCGGCUGCGCGAGCAAACAAAGCGCAACCACAUCGGGUCCCUGCACGCCGUGUACAAGAUGGCCUUCUCGGCCGCCAUCUGGUCCGUGUUCCUCUCGGACGAGAUCGAGCCCAAGCGCAUCGUCGCCGCCACGGCGCGCGACGACCGCCGCCCAGAGCUCGGCCACUCGGCCAUGACGAACAACUACGUCCAGAGCCCAGAGUACGACAGCAAGAUCUCGCCCAAUGUCAACUUUUGGUCCGGCGCGCGCCAGCUCAGCGACUACCUUCGCUCGAGCACGACAGCGGCCGAGGCGCGCAUGACGCUCGGGCUGCUCACGCAGAUCCCCGACCCGGAGAUCGACCCCAGCUCGCCGGAAUUCGACCCGUCCGCACCGACGGGCUGGGAGCGCUUCUUCAUCCAGCGCUCGGCGUCGGCCACGCCGUUCCGCAACAGCUUCGCAAUCACCAACAUUGGCACGACCGAGCUGCCGCCCGGCGCGCUCGACCAGCUCUGGGGCCAGUCGUCGAACCCCUUUGCGCCGGUGUACAACCUCCAGCUGUUCGAGCACGAGGGCGGCGUCCGCAUGACCGCGGCGUACUGCGAGGGCGCGGCCGUCACCGCCGAGCAGACGCGUCUCGUCCUCGCCGUGUGGGAGCUCAUCCUCGACCGCGUCGCUGACGGCGCGGGCAACCGCACGAUUGCAGAACUCACGAGGUAGAGCCAGUUGUUCGGAGGCUUCGUCAGGCGUUUGGGUUAUUUGAUUUUUUCGUCUCUCCGUUCAUAUCCUGUAUUUAGUAGCCGCCAUACACACGAACAUUGAUCAAUGCAUGUAGACUAG